GCUCUGACAGGCCUCGCCUCACGCCCGCCCCCGCCAUCUUAAGCCGCCAGGCGCUGGCGGGGGGCGAGGAAAGGGGGGGCGGGAGGAAGGAAGGAAGGAAGGAUCGUGGCGGGUCCCCGCGCCGCCUGAGGGGAUGGCGGCGGCCGGCACGGCCGCUUGGACGUGGCUGCUGCGGGCCCCCACCGCCACCGAGCUGCUGCUGGCGGCCCUGUGCUGGCUGGGCUGCUACUGGCUGCUGAGGCGGCGGCCGCGGGCGCUGUCGGGGCUGCCGCCGGGCCCGGAGCCCUGGCCGCUGGUGGGCAACUUCGCCUUCGCCCUGCUGCCGCCGCCGCUGCUGAGGCGAUGGGCGGUGGUGGUGAAGGGGGCCGGCCGGGGCUCCCCCGCCUUUUCCCCUCACGUCUUCCUCACCGGCCUCACCAAGAUGUACGGCAGCGUCUUCCGGCUCUUCGUGGGCAGCCGCCCCUUCAUCGUCCUCAACACCUUCGGGGCGGUGCGGGAGGCGCUGGUGCAGAAAGCGGAGGUGUUCAGCGACCGCCCCUCCGUCCCCAUCGUCCUCAUGAUCACCCGCAAGAAGGGUGUUAUUUUUGCACCUUAUGGCCCUGUCUGGAAGCAACAGAGAAAAUUCUCUCUCGCGACGCUGCGUCAUUUUGGAGUAGGAAGACACAGCCUAGAGCCUAAAAUCAUCGAGGAACUGAAGUUUAUAAAGGAGGAAAUGCUGAAGCAUGGGAAGGAGCCAUUUAACCCCUUCCCCAUCAUUCGCAACGCGGUGUCCAAUGUUAUCUGUUCCAUGGCCUUUGGCAGGCGUUUCAACUACGAAGAUGAUGAGUUCAAGACGAUGCUGAAGAACAUGGCCCGCGCACUAGAGCUAAGUGUGAACAGCUAUAUGAUCCUGGUCAAUAUCUGCCCUUGGCUUUACUACCUCCCCUUCGGGCCUUUCCGGGAACUUAGGAAAACAGAAUUAGAUAUUACUGCUUUUCUAAAGAAAAUAAUUGCACAGCACAGGGACACACUGGAUGCAGCAAAUCCCAGGGACUUCAUUGAUAUGUACUUCAUCCAUGCGGAAGAAGAAAAGAACAACAAGGAGAGCAGUUUUAAUGAAGACUACCUGUUUUUUAUCAUUGGUGACCUCUUCAUUGCAGGCACAGACACUACUUCCAACACAUUACUGUGGUGCCUGCUCUACAUGUCUCUCUACCCAGAAGUACAAGAGAAGGUUCAUGCAGAAAUUGAAGCAGUUCUAGGACGUGACAAAGUUCCUUCUCUUACCCACAAGGCUCAAAUGCCCUUCACAGAGGCAACCAUUAUGGAAGUGCAGAGGAUGACUGCGGUUGUUCCCCUUUCUAUUCCUCGAAUGGCCUCAGAAACUGCUGUGCUGCAGGGAUAUACUAUUCCGAAGGGCAGCGUGAUCGUGCCUAAUUUGUGGUCAGUACACAGAGAUCCUAACAUUUGGGAGAAACCAGAUGAAUUUCAACCGUCAAGAUUUCUGGAUGAAAAUGGCCAACUAAUUAAGAAAGAGGCAUUCAUUCCUUUUGGAAUGGGUAAACGUGUGUGCAUGGGAGAGCAGUUGGCAAAAAUGGAGCUGUUCUUAAUUUUUGCAAGUCUAAUGCAAAGUUUUACCUUUUUGUAUCCUGAAAAUGCUGCAAAGCCAUCUAUGGAUGGAAGGUUUGGUCUAACUUUAGCUCCUUGUCCAUUCAAUAUAAUAGCUUUGAAGAAAUGAUAUAACAUCAAAAAAGAUUAAACAAAGAAAUGCUGCACUUCUAAAAUCCAGCUUAUUUUGUUUCCAGCUUAUUUUGUUACUUUCUUUCCAGAAAAACACCAACCACAUAGGCUUUUGUAGUCAGUGAGAAUGAUCCAUUUACACUUCUGGAAAGAGAAGAUUUUUCUUUUUUUUUGGUCAGCUGUUGCAUUCCAUAAAUGAACUGACAGCAUAGUUUGCAAUUUGAUAUUAAAACUUGCUGGGCUUAUCCCCUCUGUCUAUAAGCUAUUACUGUCAGUUUGUCAAAUAUUGAUUAUGGGAGAAUGGUCCAAAACAUCUGUUAAUGCUUUAGCAAAUAGUCAUUAUUAUUUUGGUAAAAGCAGUAUGUAAACGUUGAAUUUACCAAAUGAAUGAAGAACAUCAUCUAAUACCAAAAGGAUUAAUGAAUGAGAGGCUCUUAGCAUUUUUUGUGUAAAGAAACAUUAGAUCUGAACUUAAAUAAUGACAAAUACAUUUGGAAAUGACUAAAUGAUGCUUCUUUUAACCUUGGAAGAUUCUUUCUUGCAAGUAACUCAUAGGUUGGAUGGAAUCAGUCUGCAUUCUUGGAUCCAAACAUUCUUGACUAUCAGGGCUCACUACAAACAAGCAGGUACCAACUCUAAAACCCCAGGCUUGGAGGCCAAGUGAAUCCUUGAAUAUACCCAUGUUCCUAACAUGAAAGGAGUGCGCGGCGUCUGGACGCGGAUGUUUCAUCUCAGAAUCUAAAUGAGAGCAGAUUUCUCUAACAAGAAACAGAAGUCUGUUCUCUGUGGUGCCAAGCAGAUAUUCAAGAUGACGUCUGCGCUGCCACUUCGCAUUCGCUGUUUUCCCCACGUCAGCAGUGACAUCUUGUUCUCUGGUUGCAGCCUGGAUGAGACCAACAGCCCACUCAUCAAGGAGAAUGCUACGUGCAUCAUCCUGAAGUUGGGGCUUGCACUCAGGUUUUUCAUUUUACAGGUGCUGUGGCCGAUACUGCCACAAUCUGUUUGGUUUUGGGAACUGGAGUCUCACUUCAAAUACGACGCUACAGAUACAGGUCUUACACACUUGGGCGUGGAACGUGAGGAAUCUGACAAGCUGGAGUUUUGAGUAUAAAGGCUUUUUCUUUGUUAUCUUCCAUAUGGAAUAAAAAGGUCCUGGAGUUCAGGAUUAGUGUAUCACUACCAUCUUCUUUUCACCUGCAAAAUUGAUUGCUGUUUACCACCGUCAAACCAAUUGCCAAGGAAACCUGUUCUUAGGUGUUUUGGAAGGGGGCACUCAGGCUUGCCUUUUAGUUGAAAGAUCUUCUCAAACAUUGAAACGAGGACAUGUAACAAUUAACUUCUAAAUAAUUCUUCUCAAUCAUCCUUAAAUAUCUUUAUAUACCCUUUGAUGUAGCAGAAUUUCAUAUCAAAUUCAAUAAUAUGUACUCCUUUAAGGAAAAUUCUUCCCCCCUCAUUGAAGCUCUAGAAAACACUAGCAGUCCUCCUAAUGCAGAGUUUACAAGACUAGAACGUGAAAUUGACUGUGAAGUGGAAUUGGAUAUUCCACAGCAGAAACUAAACUCAAAUUGUAAAAGAAGAGUCAACUCUUCAGCUUAAAUUAACCUCUGGUUUUGUGACUUUUAACUUGAAGUUUUAAAAGCCAGGUAGUGCCUAGCAAAGAUUGUAAGAUACUUAUUUUGGAUUUAAAUUAAGGUUUUCUGUUAGCUGCUGUGAAUAACAGAGAGGCUUAACUUCUGAAUGAUGUAUUUGGUUAGUAAGGUUUGGCUUUAUAGGUUAGCCCAUGCUCAUGUUAAAUUUUUUCUCAGUAUGAAAUUUUUGAAAACCCCAUAGCACAAUAAAAAGUAGAGUUUGGUACCAAUGUUAGAAAACUUGCACUAAAAUUUGACAGUAUUGGAGAAAUAAGCUUUUAUUUCUUUAAUCUUUAUUUAAUGAAUAAAUAGAUUAUGUAUAUUAGGGAAUUUUGUCUGAAAAUUCUUAAAAUUAUGUAUGCUUAAUUGUAAAGCUAAAAUUAAGUGCUGAUAAUAUUUAUCUUUCUGUUGAAAUGCCUCUUUAAGCACCAUAAUGAUGUUGGUGUGCAAUUGAUCACUUUUAUAAAAUACCUGUCCUUUUUAAUCAAUGAGGACACAUGUGACAAGCACUUUAGUUGGUUGGGUUUUUUUUACAGAUUCCAAAGAAGACACAAUUUGCAUAAUUCUGUAGUAUGUGGAAUUGUACAUAUUUGUGCUCAUUUUGCCUGCUGGGUUUAGUUUAAAAUGUCAUGUUUGAAAACUACCCUUCAAAAAUUAUCCUUCUACAAACAGUACUUUGAGAUGCGGGUUUUAAUGAUACCUAUAAUCAAAUGGUGCACAGUGUAACAAGCUGAAAAUACUGAUGCGAAGGUGCAACCAUGUCAAUGUCUGCCAGAAUGCAAGAUGCUGUUGGAAGUGAGAAUUAAGACCUGCCUUUCAUGCCUUCCAGAUGCACUGAAAUUUUCACAGGAUGCCAUGAAAGUAGCUAAACAAUAGCAUAAAGGCAACAAAAUGUUUGUGGUUUUAAAAAUGUGUUGCCAUCUUCUAUAAACUGUAAGUAAAGUGGUAGCAGAUUUGGUUUUUAUUUGUAAACGUGUCCUUCCCCUCCCUUUUUUUAGCAAAGGAAGCAUCUCAAAUGCCUUAUUGAAUAAUGUAUGUUUAUAUAAGUGGAUGGCUAUUUCUGAAUGCUGAAAAUUUCAUUUCUGAAAAUGACUUCAGACUUUGCUUUGGUGUAACUUUAUUUUUAAUAAAGUAAUUCCCAAAUAA